CCUCCUUUGGUAUAUAAUAGCUAUGUAUGAGUUCCUAUUUCCAUCAGCACGACCAGUUUGGUCCAAUAGCCUUCGCAACCCCUGCAAGAAGUCGUUCUUCUGCUACUCCAGCAACUAUUGUUCGACGUAUACGUCUCUGAACGACCAAGGCUCUACCAUCUGCACACCGUAACAUCUUCACAGAACAGUUCUAGCGGGCAUAACCAUCCGCUUACGAGCGUCCUCACGAGCAGACCAAUCAUCAUAUUUGUCUUUGCGCGCAACACAUCCUCUAAUAUCACAUCACAUCACAUCACAUCACAUCGUCACUAAUUCACGCAUAUAAUGUCUCACUACAACAACUACACUUCUCCCCCGAGAUCCCCCACCUUCGGUUUCUUCCCCACUGCACCCUCUGCCCCGCAUGCGUUCCCCGCUAUGCAUGGGAAUCCGCGUGAUUCGCACGCCAUGUACUCGGCGUUGAGCUCAUCCAUGGGCUUCCAAUCGGGCAGCCAGCGCAGACAGAGCGGCGGCGGGAGCUCAAACCCAUUGACGAAGCUCUACAGGAAGUAAUCCUGCGUCCAUCAUCCUGAUCGCCAACUGUAUACAUCACGACGUGUCACAUGUAGCCGAACCCACUGUAUCGAUAGCACUGGAGGACUGAAGCGGAGCGGUUAUUGUUUUGUGGAUAGGGAGAUGAGGACGUGGGAGGUGGAGCGCACCAAAACACAUGAUGAAUGAGGGGUGCAGGACAUCUUAUUCACGACUUCGUUCGAUUACAUACUUCUCACUUCUCCUCCAAACACCUGUGUCCAUACUAGAACGCACCUACUGUAUUAUUUCUAUUGUUUCAUGCUAUGCAUUUCGCCCUCAUCAUUCUAAAGUUGACAGGAAUUAUGGCAUCGAUGGAGAUAAUUGUGCAGGACAAAUGUACAUACUACAAUUGAUGUGUACGCCAAACAAUAUCGAAAUUAAAAAGCAACAUUUGAAGAUAU